AUUAUAUCAUAUACAUUGUGAAUUUAUAUUUAUUAGGUACCUAAUGUAAAAAUGAAUACAUUAUUUUAUAAACUUGAAAAUUUCUCUUGUAUUGUAUGCACCUAUUUCCUUGUAUGCAUAAAUUCAGUUAAAUGCAUACGCAUACGAGCUACAGCUACGCGUUGCGCUCUAGUACAAAAUGCAGUCGAUUAUUGAAACUAUUUAUCACAACAUUGUGAAAUUUGAAAUAAUAUUAUUUUCUGUAAAUAAAAUGCAUUAGAUUCAAGUGGUUGCCUCAGUACAAAAUUAUCGUCGAUCCUCAUAAGACACACUAUUAUAGAUCUAUUGUGAUAUUGAUAAGUACCUAUUAUAAUACCUAAUAGUACAAUUUUUGCCUGCCUGUGUGUAAUCAUUACCUAUUACUAUUAUUACUUAGUACUUAACUCUUGGUUUUUGUGAAACUUCAAAUUAUUGUUCAUUUGCAGUAGCAUUCAAGAAAAAUGUCUACAUUAAAAUUCAUAGACAUAAAAGCAAAUUUAACUAAUAGUCAAUUCUCUGGUGUCUACAAAUUAUCUUGCUGGAAUCCUCCAACUCAGAUUCAUAAGCCAGAUGUACAACACGUAUUGGAAAGAAGUUGGGAUGCUGGUUUGCAGAAAAUAAUAAUAUGUGCUCUAGAUUUAGCUGAAAGUAAAAAAGCCUUAAGAAUAGCAAAAAGUGAUAAUAGAUUGUUUACUACAGUUGGUUGUGCCCCAACAAGAUGUUCACAAUUUGAAGAAAAUGGUGAACCUGAUUUAUAUCUUCAACAACUAAAAGACUUAAUUGCUUUAGGAAAAGAAAAAGUUGUUGCUGUUGGAGAGUGUGGCCUUAAUUGUGAUGUAUGCUACAACCAUCCAAUAAAUAUUCAAUUGAAGUACUUUGAAGUUCAAGUACAAUUAAGUAAAUUAUUCAAUUUACCUUUAAUAAUCUAUUCUCAGGGAGACAGUGCUCCUAAAAUGCUGCUGGACAUCAUACGUAAAUAUCCAGGACUAAAAGGGGUUAUACAUUCCUUCGACUCUACUAUAGACAUGAUGAGAAAAUUUAUAGAUGCAGGAUUUUAUAUCGGAUUAGAUACAUGGUCUUUCAGAUCAGAAGAAACAAUUAAAAUUGUUAAAAGAAUACCUACAGAUAAAAUGUUAUUUCAAACAAAUUGUCCCGAUAGGGUAAUACAUCGCAGCUUCCCCGCCUAUUGGCAUGUUUCUAGGGAGAACUUGGAGUUGUUAACAACAAAGAGACGGAAAUGGAGACCAGAUUUUAUGGUAACUGGAAGAAGCGAACCGUGUAAUAUAAAGCAGAUACUGGAUAUGGCGGCUUUCGUUACUAACAUGAACAAAAACGAUUUAGCAGAACAAGUUUACUGCAACACAACUCGUUUGUUUAAUUUUGGGGAAAAUACUUAAUUUUAAUUAUGAUACAAAAAUAUCUUUGUGGAUAAACAGAGACUUUUGAUCUGUUAUCUCUUCAGUUUGGACUCCGGUCGUGAUAUCGUAUAUGGUCCGUUUCCAUAGACUUAGGUCCCUGGUCAUUUGUAUUACAUCGUUGAAACUUGAAGGUAUUUUGCAACUUCCCCUGUGAUCUGGUCAAUCCAUCUUGUUGGCGAUCUUCGGUCCUCAGCCUUCUACGUUAACUUGAAUGAAGAGUCUCUCUUAUGAAAGUCAGCAGAACACAGUUAUUGUUAUACCAUAAUUAAGUGUAGAUUAAAUGCAAAUUUAAU